GUUGUUCAACCUCAACUCGUCCAGCCCUUGUUCGACUAGAUACACACGAAGUUGAUGACAACUCUGCUUGCAGAAUCUGUAGAGAUAUUGCAUAAUGCCUACGAAAAAUGGCACCGCAAGGGGCUCGAGAGCUGUGAGAAAAGGUUAGUAGGCCCCUGCCUUUCUAGUCUCGCUAAAUGCGCUGCUAGUCAGCCGCUGGUUCUUGGCCUCGAAUAGAACGACACUAUAGCCGACACUCAUGUGCCUCAUCGAAGGCUGUUCGAUCCCUAUUGAUUCCUGAACUGGAGCUCUAAUUUUGCCCGCUGUUAUUCAUAGACCCAGCUUGUGGAACUCGUCGAAAGAAGUGUCGCAAGUGUGACCGUACUCGUCCCGUCUGCGAUCGAUGCAGGUCGAAGGGUUUUCAUUGCGAAGGCUAUCCCCCACGAUUUCAAUUUUGCGAUUCAAUGUCUUCACCAAACUCAGGCGCUACCUUAUAUGACCAAACCAGGGAGUCCGGCAAAGCUAUGAUCUUGCACACACACGAGCCUACCCAAAUCUCAACUCAGAAACCCUCAGGUUCAGCCGAGGACUUGGCGGCAUCAUUCGAUCUCCCAAGCCGUAGGCAUGUCUCGCCACAGACUCCGCGGCGUGAUGCGCCAUUUGUGUUAUCACUUGAACGCCGCUCGUCCAUCCAAACCAUUAGCCAUCCUGUAGAGGAAGGACUUCUUACAGAUAACAGCCAACAACUGCUUGUUUAUUCUCAUUGCCCAAUCUUACUCCACGCUUUUAGGCCUGACUUAACGAAUAUAGUUGAUCUGGAUUUAAGCCCCCAUUUAGCGAUCGCGGUUGAUGGGGUGGAGAACCCCUUCCGAAAGCACGUUUUGCCACUGGCAUACCAACAUUCUGGCGUACUUCACGCCGUUCUUGGACUUUCUGCUUGCCAUCUACACCUGGCACCAUCAGGUAUCGCUAAAGGUGAUAUGGCGACUGCUAUACAGUACCGAGUUGUGGCUUUGACUGUUCUUAGCUUGCUCCUUGUCAAAGAAGAAAUUCAGGGACUAACGAUCACAGAAGACGAGGUGGUACUUGCUAUCAUUUUGUUGUUAGUCCUUCAUGAUGUGAUUUGCGAAUUGGGAAUAUCAUCCCAUGCCGUUCAUCUUACUGGGGUAUAUUUUCUCGGCGGGAGGGUUGCUCCGUCUUCCACCAGAUCGAAAAUAUCAGCAGCAAUCAUGUUCUUCCUGGCCGCACUCUCCUGGUUGAAUGUAUUGAGGGGCUUCAGCGGCGCAGAGAAGCUCACCUAUCCAAAAGAGGUUCGCUCAUGUGCCGCGGACAUAUUUGAACCACAAUAUGCUUUGCACACUUUUGUUGGCAAUCCGCCCGAAACAUUCCACUGUAUUGGAGUUGUGAUUGCAGCGGCAAGACGCCACCUCGAGGGUCAAUUGUCGAAUGCCGACUUUCAAACCGUGCUAAAAGACUCACAGUCAUUCCUCCGUGGCAUGGAUUUGGGAAAGGUCAAGUACCCAACCCAACAUCCUGAAUGGAAGCAGCUUGCGGAAGCAUACCGACAAGCUUGUCUCCUCAGAACGAUGCGCUGGCCAGACACAUCUGCAAUACCCUGCGAAGAUCAGAGAAUCAUAACCUCAGUUCUAGCCAUAUUGGAAUGUUGUGCUAACGUGCCGAUUUGAUCUCCGUUUUUUAAGCGGUUGCUAUUUCCAUUGUUUCUUGCUGCAAAUGAUACAUCUAUUCAAUAUGGAAUACACUAUGCGAGUCUAUGCAUUAACGAGAUAAGGAAGUCAACUGGGUUGAGGCAUAGGGCUAUGAUGGAGGUUCUUGAAGGGGUGUGGGAAGAGCGAAAACGGAAGGUUCGAGGCUGGAAAAAUGUCCCUUGGAUGGAGUUUACUUGCUCCGAUAGCAUGAGGCAACAACACGCGUACCUGUUCCUC